AUGUAUAAUGGGCACCAUCGAAAAAUCGAUGGGCAUCUCGAUCGUAUUGAAGACUAUCUGCGUCGCAUGACGCGGCCGCCACGGACACGAUACGACCCACCUUCAUUGAAUCAGGUACCCUACACCACUUUCCUCCUCGCGAGUAGCAACCAUGAGGGCGAUUCUUCUUAUCGGAUCGCCAACGAGCAGCCAGGGCUGCAGGCGAGCACAGUCUACGAUAUGCCUCCCCCCUAUGCUGAACUGAUGUCAACUGCAACGAGCACUUUGGCGGCUCCCCCAGCGAUGCGGGACUCCACUGCAGUGAGAGCAGCCGCAGCACACCAUGUUGAUCCCGCCCCGGCCCUGUUCACGGGCAUUCGACCGCCGACCUCAUCGCUUACAAGGCUUCCACACGCACUGGCGGAGGCUGCGCCUCCUCACACUCCUGCUCCUCUCUUCUCAAGCACUAAACUUCCGCCCUCUUCGCAGCAAGAGACCACACGGAUGCACCGCCGUGGCUGCAGUGACGAUAGCAGCAGCACCAGUUCCAGCGAGACGGUGCACGAUAAAGGUACGACGCCGGUGUCCAAUUCCACGGCUGCAUCAAGUCCUCUUAUACCAGCGGUGCGGCCCCCACCGCCGCUGCUAUCGUCGCUUCAAGGCGUUUCUGCAGCCCGUGCACAGUCGGCUGUGGUGUCCGCACGGCACCGGAUCUAUGGCUCGCGCAGCCCCUCGCCCUGUGCGUCCUACCAGGCCAACAGCCAAGGUCGCAGCAUGAGGGGCAUCUUGGAGGAUCUCGAGGAGCACCUGCGAGCUUCGCCUCUGCUAUCGCGAUCGCCACGGCAAACGGAUCCCCACCGCCACCCCGGCAGCAGCCGGCACCGUCACGAGCGCCGCGGUGCUCACCCAACGUCGCUACCGCAGUCGGGAAUCACUGAGCUGCCUCACCACAGAGAGGAUGAUUCGGCAGCCCACGAGAGAGCUGCGCGCAUCAUGAGGGAUCUCGCCACGGCGACAUCACCCACGGCAGAUGAUCAUCUCUCAUCGCUGCUCUCUUCGUUGGGUGGCAGCCCAAAUUCCUGUGAAACACCGUUUCGCCGUCGCCUCCGUCACCUCGACUAUCUUUUUGGUGACGGAGCAGCUCACGAUGAUCCCACCUCCACACCGCCGUCUUGCUACCGUCACGAUUCCAUCUCUGGCUUGGCAGGCACACACGGUAGCAGCGAGCAGCGAGCCACUCGAUACCAAAACCCGCCCGCUGCUGCAGAAUCUUUAACGAGGAGACGACUGCUGCUGGUGGACAGCUGCACUAUGACAGGCACAUCGGCGGUGCCGUCGAUAACACAGCCAGCGAACAUGCGCUCAGUGCUCUACCCCAACGUGCCCGACGAAAAACCUCACCUCCGUCAAACGUACCUCGCGCGCCUCGAGACAGCCUCCGGUGCCGAUGUUGCGACACCGCUGCGCCUCGAAGCAGCCUCCGGUGCCGAUGUUGCGACACCGCUGCGCCUCGAAGCAGCCUCCGGUGCCGAUGUGCCGACUCCCUCACGCCUCGAAGCAGCCUCCGGUGCCGAUGUUGCGACGCCGCUGCGCCUCGAAGCAGCCUCCGGCGCCGAUGUUGCGACGCCGCUGCGCCUCGAAGCAGCCUCCGGUGCCGAUGUUGCGACGCCGCUGCGCCUCGAAGCAGCCUCCGGUGCCGAUGUUGCGACGCCGCUGCGCCUCGAAGCAGCCUCCGGUGCCGAUGUUGCGACACCGCUGCGCCUCGAAGCAGCCUCCGGUGCCGAUGUGCCGACUCCCUCACGCCUCGAAGCAGCCGCUGGCGCCGACGUGUCCACACCAGUCCGCAGGGAGGCCGAGGACAGCGCGGCUGCUGAGAAUCUCAGUUUUUCAGAUAAAGUGUCCGUGGAUGCUUCGAGACUGAGCAGAGGUUUAGGUGUGAAGUACGGGAGUGAAAGUCUUCUGGGUGCUGAGCGGCAUCGCGGUGCCGACGGAGCGAAUGCAGCGGUGCGCCAAGACGCUGAAGGAGACGUGCUGGCCACACUGAACACCUUCCAUUCGACGGAUGUGCACGACAGCCCCACCCCUUCAUCACGGCAACAGCAGGAGCAGGUCUCGGUUGAAUCGACCAGCACGGAGUUGACCGCAUUGACUGUCACCAGCAUCGGGGGAGGCCUUUGGGUGCCUAGUCUCAGUGGCAGAGGCUACGUGAACAACGAAGAGGACGUGAACGGCGGCCGGUGUGUAGCGACGCAUCUCUGGGCACGGCGGCAAAGCGCGCAGGCUGCGCAGCAGCUGCGUGCCCUGCAGAAGCGCGAGCGUCAGCACCGGCAGAGCGUGGUAAAGCGGGAAGUCGAGGGUCGUUACACGAUUCGGCUCCGCGAGGCCAGCGAUGCGGCUGAUGUUGGUGUGGAAUGGCGGCGAGGCGCGGACGAAGACACUGUUACAGCCACGAGCUUCACACUCUCCAGUUCUCCAUCUCGGCUCAUCGGACAGCUGCCGCAUCGCGUAAAGAACGGCGGUCGCGGAGAAACGGGCGGAAGUCGAGGGAACGAUCGCUUAGCGGAUGACAGCGCCGAAGGCGAGGUAAGUCGAUGUGAAAGCCGCAGCAGCAGAAGCGGUCGCAGGCUGUCAAGCUCGAAGACCAGCAUGUCUGUCAUUGACGACGCAGAGCAGCAGCGUGCUUCCAAGCGGGGGUGGUGUCCCGCCGUUUGCGAGGCUCAAGCACUGAUGCCAUCUCUUGAAGUGGCAGAGGGAGCUGCAGCUGAGGACACCGCAACGGCGGAGACGCACAACCCUCCGGCUGCAUCGCUUACCGGAACAUCAGGGACGGCUGUGCACGAAGUUGGCAAAGCGGGAGGGACCCCCGCACCGGAAGGCGCGAUCGCUCGGGCAGGUGACGAGCGCGCACAGCAGCAGGAAUCUGUCUACGGGGCGGCAACCGACUUGGGCGCAAAGCCCACGGCUGUGGGAAAGGAAGACGCGUCGCCGCCUUCUCCCCAUAAGCCGCCCCCCUCUCACCUGGAGGGUGCACUCAGCUGUAGCGUCGAGGCUAUCGCGGAUACCCCAGUCGACAAGACGAUGCACGAGGCAGCAGCCGCACCUCAGGGAGAAGAUGACGGGGUGUCUAACGCCCACAUCGCCGACGCAUCAUUGCCGCGCCCCCCACCGCUGGAGGGGCAGUUCUCGCCCCCCUCCGACCUGUGGACUCUCGACAAGGGGGAGAGCGAGAGCGACGGUGGCGGAGAGGAGACGGAGGCAAUGACGACGUCGGAGGGCCAUAAAGGAAGUGGUGGGAGCGAUGAGUAUGAAGGCAGCAAGCAUCCGAGUGGUGGCAGCAGCCCCGCUGGAAGCUCCAUCCUGCCAGGACCAGGUCCGUUUCCUGCAAAGGCGGCUGCCACCGCGGUGGACAACGACACCCAGCCCCCAUCGCCCUCCAGAGGCGAUAAGAGGCUCAGCAGCGGCAUCAGUAGCGCGAGCUCCUCCUGCUCUGAGUUCAUCGUAAAGCACAUUGCGGCUCAGCCGCAUCUGUCUCCAUCUGCAAGCGCAGAUACCAGCAGCGCCGGCACGGAGGGGGCAACAGUUGACGUGGAGCACGCCGAUGCCUCUGCAGCGACGGCCUUCAAGUGGGUGCGUGCCUCCUCAGCGGCGGCCGCAGACGACGUUGCCGAAUACCACCCAGUAGCAGGGGUGGGGAUGGAGCACGCACAGGUGAGAGUCGACGCGGCUGGGCAGGCCAAUCUUGAGGAGAGGGGAGGAAGUGAUAGCGGCGCUGGAAGCAGCCGUAACGCUGCGGGCAACGAAGACGGCGGCGGCAGUGGACGUUCACACUCUGCUCCCGCCGCGGUGUUUGUGGACGUGCCAGCGUUGCGCGGAAAAGAUGCCGCCGUGGAUGAACGCGCAAAGAAGGACGACGAUGAGCCGCGUCCGUCACACCUGACGCCGCAGCCGACGGAGCCGUCGCUUCCGCCUUAUGCGACUGCUCGCGUGAGUACAGAUGUGCCAGUGCCGGCGCGUGGGACCGCAACAGCAAUGAUCACCAGCCCCACCGCUACCACCACGACGACGCCGUUGAGCAACGACCAUGGCGCACAGCACAGCACCGCAGUCCGCUCCCCUGCGCCGGCAUCCAUCACGGCACAUCGUCACCCUGAUGAGGAGGAGCCACGAUCGCGUCGGAACGCGCGCACCACGUCCUCGUCGGUUACCUCAUCAGGGUCCUUCUUUUACUCGCUGCCUGGCCAAGGUACCGUCCGUGCUGCGAGCAGCAACGAGAGUCCAGAGCAACACCCGCAGCACCAGGCCAACGCCACUGGUGAAAUAACCUCACCUGCUUACCGGCGAACCCAGGCUGCGCCGGCACCGCACGCGUGGCACCAGCGUUCAUGGGAGCAGCCUCGUACCGAUGAGGAUGCGGGGCCCAUGGCAACCGACGAAUCCUUUCUCAGAGAGGCGUGGCACGGUGGCUGCUCGCCUGACGUAGGUGGCGAAAUUCGCCCUGAUGACGACGGCCAGAGGGCCUCAACGAGGGGCUCCGUCCGUGGUUGCUCUAGCGACAGCAGGGACUCGGCUGAGGAUGCGGCACGCCACUCCCCGACGGUGCCAGCGGCCCCGAAGCAGCCCGCAAUCUCGUGGACAAUCCCGCUAGACUGGGCGGACAGCCUGGAUGAGAUGGAUGGUCGAUACCCCUCAGCAGCGCAUGCAGCCCCUGACGCCUCCAUCGUCUCUUCCGUCUCAUCCUCCGCUUCGGCGCACAGCGACACGUGUGCCUCAGCGAGAACAUCGCAUCGCCACCAGAAGACCCGCCGCAGGGCUCCGCACCGCCGCCUGCCGCCCCACCUACGUCCUGAUCGUCCGUGGGCUCACCUUCUGACCCGUGGUCUCCGGGAAGUUUUCUUUUCAGCCAGCAGCAGCAGCAGCAACGAUGGCAGAGGAGAGGCUCGUGCGCAGGCAGCCAAGCACGCAAUGGGACCUGGCGAAGCAGCGCGUGCGGAUGCCGGGGCUCAGGCCACCUCCUUCACGACCGUGCUGUCGGCGGUGCCACGAAGGUCUGGGCCUUGGUAUGCUACACCGGCGCGACGCACCAAGAAGGAACACCGUGCUGCGCCUGAGGGCCUCGCUAAGGCCGCACCGUGGCAGACUCGUCGAUCAGCCUGCAGUGUUCCAGCAGCACACAACGCAGAAAAGGCGCGUGGAUUUGAAGAACGGGCAAGGCCUGGAGCCGGCACUCUGAGCGAGGAUGUGGUGCAGGAGUCUGCAUCAUCGUACGCGACAACGACGAGGUCGCAGGUGCCGACUACCACCACGUAUGCCACGCCAGGGAGGCGCGGCCCUGCCGGCUUCGCUGUAUCACCAUCUUCAGUGCGCACUCGUACGCUGCCACCCCCGCCCUGCAGCGCUGCUUCUGCUGCGACUGUGACUGGCUUGCAGACCCGUACAUCCUCGGCACCGACGUUCUCGGCUGCAGAGACAGCACGCAACACCGCUGAAAGGCUGCUGCAGCUACGUCGACAACGGCAGCCACCAGGACCCACUUACGUGCAACUGUAUGAGCGGGGGCGCUCCUUGCGUCGCAGGGCGUCCGAGAAUGAGUGGCGCCCCAGUCCGGCGACAAGAGCCAUCACCGCAGGUGGCAUGCGGGGAUGUCAGGCCGCUCUUACUCCCACUCGCGAGGGUACCUGCGGCAGAGGUGCGGCGUCCACGCGCAGCGCGGUGGUGUGGCGGCUAACGGGAGCCCCGCGACCGCGCGUGACUGAGGAGGGACGUGCAGUUCGGCAGCAGGAGCAGUGGGAACUCCCCCUUAUAUCGGCGCCUCAUGAAGCAGUUGCUGCUCGUCGGUUGUCGCCUGCCGACGUCCGCGACGGGAUGACGAGCAAUGCUUCAUCAAGCACACCAGCAGGUGCGGCACCUCAGGCCGAGUAUGCAGUCGAAAGCGUGCGUACCAGUACUGUCCUACGAGCACAGUCGCCGCUACCCCUGUCUGGAACACCGUCAUCGUCGUCGCCCUUCUCGCUGCCGCCUCCACCGCCCACAAUAACCACCGCUCCCCGUCAUGCCACACCGAGACCCCUGUCAAGGAAGGAUGCGGCAGAGGAAGGCACCGGGGACGGCGACGAAGCCUGCAAGCCGUUGAAAGCGCGUGACGGGGCGGCCUCGACAGCGGCGGCAGCGACAGGGGAAGAAGAUGCCACUCAGGGUCGAGACAAGACGGACCAGGGCGAAGAGAACGAUGGGGGGGGCUUGUUGGGGGCCAGAUCGGAUCCCGAUAGUCACAGCGCUCUGCGCGUCUCGGCCCCUACUUCACCACCCCCGCCUGGUGACGAACCCGCGCACGGUCCUCGGCCGCAGCCGCUGUUACCAUCAUCGCUCGCGCUGGAACCUCUUCAAGCAGUCCUUUGCGAAGAGGGUGAAGCACAUGCAGCGGGGCUCGCAGAGCCACACGCUGACAGCGAUGAUGCAGCACAGCUCCUCUCUCCACAAGGCCCUGCUGAGCCAUCCAGGGGAGACCGAGCAGCAACAGGAGGAACAGAACGUGGACACGGACUCGCCGUAGCGGCUGUGGGCACUGCAAAGAUGGGCCACGCCGUUGCCAGUGGUCUUGGUGCGCGCACACCUGAGACAGCGGCGAACCCCUACAGAAGCAUCGAUGCAGCUGGUCAGGGCCAGGGUGUUGGGGUGCACACCAGCUGUGCGGGGACGUCUGUGGUUCAGGAGAGUCUCUUGAGUCCCGAGACGGAUGCAGCGUUGCUCUCCAACCUUCCCGCGCCACCCGUGGCGAGUGAAGUGCACGCUGGGCAUUGCACACCCCCAGCCUCGUCUCAGCUUUCGCCGGCGCCAGGACCUGCUACAAGCGCCGAUAUACGCUGCCAGCCAGGGGUACCGAGCACCCAUCAACUGCCGCACUUGUACGUUGCUGAUGAAAGCCCUGCCCCUCUACCACAGCCGCCACAGCUUACUCCUCAGCCAUCACCGAGAGCCGCAGUUGCAGCCAAUGCGGCGGAUGGCAACAAUCGCGUCAUACCCCCACCACCGGAGCAGCAGCAGCGACGUGAGGUGCUGGAGCACCGCAUCGCACAGCUCGAAAUGACGCUUAAGCUGCAGCAACAGCAGCGGCAACGGACCGUGCAACGUCGCCCCCGCGACCACGACCACAACGCGGAAGUUCCGACAGACUACUUGGAGGCUGCAACGGAUGGCGACGAGGAUUUCUUGCGGAACGCCUGUGGAAAAGACGUAGAGCUGCCAAGGCGUACUAUGCAAUCUUCCCAGCCACAAGGGCGGGGUCCCAGUACCGAUAGCGUUGGAGGCUGCGGCGCUGUUGCUGUCAGUGGGAAGGGAAGAGGAGCGUCAAGGCAAGCCCAGAGGAGUAUGCUAUCGGCGCCGCAGACACAGGAUCACCAUCUGCCCGCGCCAGCGUCCGCCAUCCACUGGGCGUCUCGACCUGGAUACAGCGCUAGCUAUACCACAGUGACGCCUACCGCGUCUUUAGCGCCAUCGGCGGGCCGCAUCACCACCAGCGGCGGCGCCGGGGGCACUGGGGCUGUUCGCAGACGUGGUCUACGCGGCGCAGCUUCUCCUACUGCUCUGCACAUGGACCACGGCAACGGGAGCGACUUGGCGGUUCCCUUACCCUCCCCGGAAGCUGUUUCUGCAAGCGCGGCACCUGGCGCCAGCAUCACGUCGUGCACGCGGCCUGCAUAUUGUCGGUACGGCUCGGUGGCUACGUCCGCGGUUGCGACGCCGGGAGAUCCGAGGUACAGUCACGCUACUACGUCUUUCCUAAUAAGCGCGGACUGGCGCUAUCAACGCAUGUACGUAGAUAGCAUGUACUUCCCGGAAUCAACCGCCGACAGUGCAUCGCGGGGUGCCGAAACGGGACACGAAGCUCACAAAGAGGAGAGCAGGUGCUUGGAAGCCACCAGUGGCGCGCCAGAAGGUCCGUCAAGCAGCGAAGGUGGACGGGCAACACCGGCCACAACUGCGCGGCACGCCUCUGCGAACAACCGCAUUGCCGGUGUCUUUGUAUGUCGCCCUCUUCGCUGA